AUGGCAAGUCUGGCCCGUCCGUCGUCCACUGCCGGCCACUGUCUCCACAUUUCCAGGGGAAGUUCUGGGGUCCACAGUUCUGGCUUCCACUGUCCUUGCCAGGAGCCCGAGCCGCAGGAGAAGACCGCGCUCCCACCCCUGCGCACACACCUCCUCUGCUGCUGCUCUGCCGGAACCAGGGAACCAACUCCUGCCGCGGGAGCUGUCAGCCCGCCGCCCGGCCCACACGAGGACCACCCCGCCCACCCCACGCGGCAGGGCUGUCCCCACGCAGGUGUGACACUCGGGAUGGGCUGCCCAGUGGGCUUCACAGCUCCGACCUCGCCGCAGACCCCACCACGCCCUCCAGGGGUGCGGCCCAAUGGGUCUCUGAAGGCCUCGGCAGGGCACAGCACAGACGCUGAGCACUCAACGAAUUGGCCGGUACCCCUGCCCGAGGUGCACGCGCGCACAGAACGUCCGGAAAGUGGGUGGGAGGCCGUCUCUGCGGCCUCCGCCCGGGACCGGGAGACUAGGACCACACUCGGAGAGUGCUCGCGCAGACCCUGGCCCUCCGCCGGCGCAGGCGCACUGAGCUCACUCCGCGCCCGCCGGGAAGGCCGGCCGGCCCAGCCCCGCGCCCCCAAGGCGGCGUUCCCGCCGCGGGGCAGGGCGGGGCCCUUCGCGCCUGCGCACUCGCCCUUCGCACCGCCCCUGCGUCGCCUGGAGCAGGCCGCACCACGUGACCGCUGCCCGUACCCAAAAUGGCGGCCGCGGCCGGGCCUCACCGGCUCCCCUCUUCAGCCCGCGCCUGAGCCUCCCCUCGCCAGGAGCACGGCCCUUCCGGCCCUCACCGCUGGGCCCCGAGGCGCAGCUCUCCGGGGGCGGCGAACCAGGCUCGCCGGAGCCACGGCCCGUGUUGACCGUCACCACCCGCCUGGACUCCCAACAUUUUCCCAACCGUCAGGCUCCCAGCGGCUGGCGCCUGGAGCGUCCUCUGAUAGCCCCGCCCCUGGGAUUGGCAGCUUCGGCAGCCAAUGGAGACCAGGAGGCGGGCGGGGGCGGAGCAUCCCUGUCGUUCGGAGGGCGUUGGGCCUGGCGAGUUGGAGGCCGCGGGCCGAUGGGCGGGACCAAGCGGGGCUGUUCCCGCGACCCCCCAGUGGGCCAAUGGGAGGGCCGCCGGGUGCCCGGGGAGGGCGGGCAGGGGGCGGGGCCGAGCCGUAA